GCGCACCCAUGGUAUCACUAUGACUUCUUCACCAAGCAAUCACACACACCUGCAAAUGCAUGUAUUGACUCCAUUUUUACAAGUUGAAUUCGUGUUUCCAGAGUAGAAGCUGCUCUGAAUUCCACAAUCGCCUAUCGGAUAUCGAAAUCAGUGCCCUACUUUCAGAAAGGCUACUCAACCGGUGGUAAUAAAAUGGUUGGUGGAAACAACAUAAGGAAGCCGGCCUCUAUGCAGGCUUCUUCAUCAGAAGCAAGUCAAGCUGGCCAUGGGGGAGCCGCAUUAGGUACUGAACUGGCUGAACCAAAUAAUAGCAUGAUGGUGUCUUCUACAGGCCAACAUUCAAUUUCUAUGGAGGUAGGGUCUUUCUUGUCUCGCUUCCUCCAAAGGAAAUGGAGUUUGAUUGAAUCGGAAACGGGAGCGCAACUAGUAUAUCCAUCGUCAACAAACGAAUACUCAUUAACCAUUGGAGGCACUUCUGAGUGUGUGGGUAGAGCUUUGGAAAAAAUACGACCCCUAAUUGAUGAGGGUGUCAAUAGCCCAGGCUUUCACCACACUCACUUCAUAUCACUUCCACUGGCUACACAUCCCCGAUUGGUUGAUAAGCUUAUCAAUUUUCAGAAUUCAGUAUUGGGGACAAAUGAUCCAAACCCUUCAGAACUGGGAAUAGAUGAAUCCAUCUUUAUUAAGCUACAAACACUUCACUUAACUGUGCUCAUGCUCAAGUUGUGGAACAAGGAGAGAGUUGAUGCUGCUGUUAAGAUAUUCAAGGGAAUUGAAGCGGAAGUAAUGGAUGCAUUAGGUGGCCAACCUGUAUCUAUUAAACUUAAGGGGCUGAAUUGCUUGAAAGGUUCUUUUGAAAAGGCUCAUAUUCUCUAUCUUCCUGUUGAAGUAGUAGAUGGCGAUGAAAGACUUUUGCGUGCGUGCAAAAUCAUCACUGAUGCUUUUACAAAAGGAGGCCUUGUUCUUAAGGGAGACGCCAAAUAUAAAUUAAAGUUGCAUGUGACAGUGAUGAACACAAUACAAAGGCCAAGGAGAUAUCCAGGUGACCAGGCUGCCCCGUUUGACGCUCGAGGCAUUAUAAAUCACUAUGGUUCCGAAGAAUGGGGAGAAUAUGCUAUUCCUGAAGUUCAUCUUUCACAAAGGUUUAAGUACGAUGACAAUGGUUACUACCAUUGUUGUGCUUCUAUUCCCCUAAACCCUUGAAACACGCGAGCGGAUUAGUUCCUUUUGGUCAUGGGCGGAUCUUAGAAGGCCUGUGCCAGGGCCACGGCCCUGGCAAGUUUUUCGGCCAUAGUGCUAAUUUUCCGCAUUUCGAUCGAAAUUUUUUAUAUAUACUAUGUUCGGCCCGGACAUUUUUUAGUGCCCGUGUCUUUCGGCCCUGGGACGUUAAACGGGCAAGAUCCGCCACUGCUUUUGGUGAUGUUCUUUUGAAUCUUUUCAGCGAUCUGUGUUUGAAUUCGGAGAUCAGUUCCGCGUGUUAAGAUGUUGCACUGAAGUCUGAAUGAUGAAUGGACUUAUUUAAGUGUGUAAAUUUGUUUGUAAACUUAUCUAAGUGUCUAAAUUUGUGGAGGCCUCUAAAGUUAAAUUCAUGUGAUAUAAACUUUUGGACUUUAA